ACAAUGCAUCGAACGGCAAAUAAGCUUUUGUUACUUUGUGCCAAUGGAGGGUCCUUAGCUUCUACAAUCUCUCUCUCUCUCUCUCCUCUCUCUUUCUCUUCUCUGCUGAAUCGAUCCACUUCUUCUUCUCCUUCUUCCACUACUGAUCCCGUAAAGGUUUAGCCUGGCAAGUGUUUAGCUUCUCGCUUCUAAGAUUUCUUGCUCUUGAAAAAGUUCAGUUCAGUUCAUUCAGCUGGAGUGAACUAAACGGGUGAUUUUUGGUGGUUUUUUUGUUUCCUGAAGAACGUUGUUACUCUUAGAUUACACAAGCUACAGAAAAUUUCAGUGUUUCUGUUUUCAAACUUUGAUGACUCCACCGCUACUUGGUGUUGGGGAGGAAGGUGGUCCUGGAAAUGUCACUUUACUACCUUCUUCAGCCUCCAUGGAGAGCAUAUGCCAGAAUGGCUCUGAAUUAAAGGAGCGUAACUACAUGGGAUUAUCAGAUUGUUCUUCAGUGGACAGCUCAGUGGUCUCCAAUGUCUCUGAUGAGAGCAAAACAAGCCUUAAUCUUAGGGCUACUGAGCUGAGGCUCGGACUUCCUGGGUCUCAGUCGCCUCAGAGAGAUCCAGAACUUUGUCUGUUGAGUACCACACAGCUUGAUGAGAAGCCUCUGUUCCCUUUGUAUCCUACAAAUGAUAAUCUCUAUCCAGCACAGAAGAAUGUUGUUUCCGGCAACAAGAGAGGAUUCUCUGAUGCUAUGGAUGGGUUCUCAAAGGGAAAAUAUCUUUCUAAUUCUGAGCUCUUGUCACCCAGGCCUGCUCCAAACUUAGGACUGAAACCAGGUUCUAUGCUAGAUAAUGUUGGGGCUCAACCAGCCAAAGCAAAAGAGUUAGCAACCCAGAAAGCAGUGCAGGAAAGACUUCAUGUUGCCGGUGAAACUAGAACUAACCAUAAUGGCUCUACAAACAACAAUAACAGUGCACCUGCUCCCAAGGCACAGGUUGUGGGUUGGCCACCAAUUAGAUCAUUUAGGAAGAACUCUUUGGCUACCACUUCAAAGAACACUGACGAAGUAGAUGGAAAAGGAGGGCCUGGUGUUUUGUUUGUUAAGGUCAGCAUGUAUGGAGCUCCUUAUUUGAGAAAAGUAGACUUGAAAAAUUACUCAAAAUAUCAGGAAUUAUCUUCUGCCCUUGAGAAGAUGUUCAGCUGUUUUACCAUUGGUCAAUAUGGAUCUCAUGGAGCUCCCGGUAGGGAAAUGCUGAGUGAGAGCAGGCUGAAGGAUCUGCUGCACGGUUCAGAAUAUGUUCUGACAUAUGAGGACAAAGAUGGGGAUUGGAUGCUUGUGGGUGAUGUCCCAUGGGAGAUGUUUAUUGAUACAUGCAAGAGACUGAGGAUCAUGAAGAGCUCUGAUGCCAUUGGCCUAGCUCCAAGGGCCAUGGAGAAAUGCAGAAACAGAAAUUAGCUGCUGCAGACAUGAUUGUCACUAUCCAUCCAGCAGUCCUUGUGAUAAAUAAUUCCAGGAGAAGGUAUCAAAGCACAUGCAUGAACCAUGAACCAAAUUCUUCUUGUAUGUCGAAGAAUGGAAGGGUGUUGGACCGGGUAGGGGAUCAUGAACAUCUUCCUUGAUCAUGUUACUAUGUUUACAUUCUCAUUGUGAGGUAUUUACAUUCUCUAAUCUAUGUUUCUAAUCUAUUAUAAUUAUGUAACUCCUAGACCUUUUAUUUGGGAGUACCUCUAAGAUUGGGACAAGUUCCUGUUAUAAUACAGGCACCUUAGUUUGUAAAAUGCAUUGGCUGUUGAACCCAUUAUGUCUGUGUGUAUGCUAAAAGACAGUGUGCAAGUUAUUUGUAA